AUAAACUUGUAUGUGAGCCAGUUGAGGGGAAUGCAUGGCAUGCCGAUCACAUAGUGCCCGUCUUCAAAGGAGGGGGUGAAUGUAGAUUAGAGAAUAUGAGGACACUUUGCGUGGCUUGUCAUGCUGAGGUCACAAAAUCUCAAAGGACUGAAAGGCAUCAAGCAAGGAGAAGGGCAAAAGAACAACUCAAAAUUGCCAUGAAGGGGCUUGAACAUGGAGGUGACACUAGACAAAUAGAAUUAAACUCUUCUGUUGAUAGAGCCGUAGGAGCUGAAGCUGAUGAAGAUGCUUUUCUUGUACAUGUUCCUGGAAGUGCUUAUUCUGAAAGUUAGGAAAUGGGCAAAUGGCUGGAGUAGCAGUGAGAGCUGCAUGUUCCUGCUUGUUACAUGUAUGAUUUCUUGUAACACUGGCUGUAAUUUUUUUUUGUUUAAUUGAAAGGUUGAGGAAA